UUUAAGGGUGUAUAGGCUCUAAAUGAAAUAUGUACUCUUUCUUUAAGGGUGUCUCAUGGUGUUAUUUCAUAUGAAUGUCCAGUACAGCCAUCUAGUCAUUGCUCAGGGCAACAAGGUUUCCCUUCUGGUAGAAAGCUAGUGUGUAAAGGAAGCCUGAGUAAGUGAGUGAAACUGUAGUGUGUGUAGAGUUUUAAACGGACACUUGUUAGGCAGUGAUAAACAUUUUAAGACAGGGGGCAUAAGUAAUCUGUGUGUAAAAAAAAAGCAGAAGGUGGAAAAAUAAAAAGUGACUGUAACGGCAGUGCAGCUUUGCUCUCUGUGCUGUUCUGUUCUGGGCGGCUCCAUUCCGCCUCCAGGACUCUGAGAAAGCCGAGAGCUCACCCAGAGAAUUAAGGCAACGCAACGCAAACAUGGCGCCCACUCGCAACGCUGCACGCCGCUGAGAGGAGCGACAGUACGGCGUGGGCAAAGUUUCAGUACGUACUCGGUUCCUUUUGGUUUUGGACGUCCAGGAGACAUUAGUGCGGGAGUGUGAGGACGGUGUGAGUGGACUACAUGUCGGCGCGCUUUCCUGUAGUCGUGUAAACAGCUGGGCACAUCCAGCCAUGAUUGAAGACAAGGGUCAUCGCGUGACGGACUACUUCGUGGUGGCCGGGCUGACGGACAAGUCCACACUACUGGAGCAAGAUCUAUCCGAGACCAAAUCGAGUGGACCUAAAGCUCCCAUCGUUGAUCUGGCAGUGAUCAACAAGUCAGCAGGUGAAACGGUGCCCGAGGGUUAUACAUGCAUCGAGAGCACCUACAGCGGCCAACCGGCUAACCUCAACCACGGCAGCCUGAAGAGCCCCGAACUUUUCCUGUGUUACAAGAGAGGUCAUGGGAAACCUUCCUUAAGCGAUGUUGGUGUGAUAUAUGAAGGGAAGGAGAGACUGAUCCAGGGCUGCGAGGUGAUCCAGGCCACACCGUACGGCCGUUGCGCUAACGUCAACAACAGCUCGACUACAUCACAGCGCAUCUUCAUCACGUUGCGUCGCGCCCCGCCCGUCCAGCCUCGCAACUCCUUGGCCGUUACUGACAUCUGUGUGAUAAUCACAAGCAAAGGCGAGACUCCUCCACACACCUUUCUCAAAGUGGACAAGAACCUCAACUGUGGCAUGUGGGGUUCCAGUGUAUACCUGUGCUAUAAAAAGUCAGUCUCCUCUUCCAACUCUAUCUCCUACAAAGCAGGUCUGAUCUUUCGUUACCCAGAAGAAGACUAUGAGUCCGUCCCCCUUUCAGAGUCGGUGCCUCUGUUCUGCCUUCCAAUGGGGGCCAAGAUCGAGUCCUGGGCUCCCAACACACACAACCCCUUACCCGUUUUCUCCACAUUCGUCCUAACCAACUCUUCUGGGGAAAAGGUCUAUGGUGCAGCCAUCCAGUUCUACGAGCUCUACCCAGCUGAUAACCUGACCGAGAAGCAGAAGAUCCAGCUUGGACUUCUAACCACUGUGGACAAGAAGCUCAUUCCCAAUCGCACAGUCAACACCAACAAGUGCAUCUGUCUUCUGUCACGCUGGCCCUUCUACCAAGCUUUCAAGGAAUUUCUCCUGUUCCUUUACAAGCUCACGCUCAACACAGUAAACCCUCUGCCUAUUGAGAAACACAUCUCCCAUUUCAUGCACAAUGUGCCCUUUCCUUCCCCACAAAGGCCCAGAAUACUCGUCCAGCUCUCUCUACAUGAAAGCAUUAUGCUGUCCCAGCCUGUAUGUUCACCUUUACCGCUAAGUGGUGCAGACUAUAGCACUCUGCUUACAAACCUGGGCCCAGAAAACUGUGCCACGCUGCUGCAUUUUGUAAUGCAGGAGAGCAAGAUACUUCUGCAUUCCCUCAGACCGGCUGUACUGACUGGCGUGGCUGAGGCUGUGGUCUCGAUGAUCUUUCCGUUCCAGUGGCAAUGUCCCUACAUCCCUCUGUGUCCUCUUUCUCUGGCUGGGGUUCUGAAUGCACCCUGUCCUUUCAUUGUCGGAGUGGACUCCAGAUACUUUGAUCUUUAUGAUCCCCCACCAGAUGUGGUUUGUGUGGACCUGGACACCAACACUAUUUAUUUGUCUGAUGAAAAGAGGAACUAUAGCUGGAAGAAUCUCCCUAAGAAGCCUUGCAAGAGUCUGAUUAACUCGCUGGUCAACGUGCAACACCAUCUUACUAUUGCGAGACAUGCCCCAGAUUUCUCAGUGGUAGAGACGCCCCCAAUGGAGGCUGAUUUUACGUGGCAUAAGAAGAAGAUUGCAAUCGAGAUGGAGAUUCAAGAAGCUUUUCUGCGCUUCAUGGCCUCAAUAUUAAAGGGCUAUCGAUACUACCUCAAACCCAUCACAGAGGCACCAUCUGAGAAGGCCACCGCCGCUGACUCCCUCUACGAUCUGCAGGGUUUUUUGAAGAGUCGGGAUCGUGCUCACCAGAAGUUCUACACUCAGCUCACCAAGACUCAGUUAUUUAUUCGCUUUAUAGAGGAAUGCACUUUUGUCAGCGACAAGGAUACUGGACUUGCCUUUUUUGACUACUGCAUUGAAAAGCUUUUCCCAUCUGAUAAAGGAGCAGACAAGGGCACAAAGGUAGAAGGAGAGCUAUCCGAAGACACCAGGCUGGUAGAACUGGAUGAGUCCCAGAAGAGCGAGCACACUGUGUUCAUCUUGCCCCCAGAGCCUCCUCCUGAUGAUGGCCCAGAUCCUCCUCCAAAAUACAUCUACAAGGGCUUCCCUCGCUUGCGGCUAGAGUUAUUUGAUCGUCCAGCAGAGCUGAAGCCAGCUCUCAAUACCAGAGUUGCAGGUGCAAGUGUCUCCAGCAGCCCUGCACUCCUGGCCAAAAGAACUAAGCAGGAGGUCAAGCUGGCUUACAAGAGGGCAAAGCGCUUCUAUUCGAACCCUCAGCUGUGGGCUAAGUGCUUGUUCAGCCACUGCUAUAGCCUGUGGUUUAUCUGCCUGCCUGCGGGGAUGCGUUUGGCUCACUCCAAACCCCGUGCCAUGCAGCAAGCGCUCGAUGUCCUGCUGAAGAUGAGGAGCUCUGAGGUGGAGGUUCUAGACGAGGUGUGUUACCGCGUGGUCAUGCAGCUGUGCGGGCUGUGGGAAAUGCCAGUCAUGGCUGUGCUUGCCCUAAUGGAGAUGAAGAAGGCUGGCGUCGAGGCCAAUGCUAUCACUUAUGGAUACUACAACAAGGCUGUCCUGGAGAGCCCUUGGCCCAGUCGAAACCGCAGCGGCCGCUUCAUGUGGACUAAACUGAGGAACGUGGUACAGGGUGUGGCCCAGUUCAAACAGGCUCAGGCAAAAAAAGCUCCUCCUAUUACAGCAGUAGUGUCUCUGGAUGCCAUAGCAGACGGUGACGGAGACCGACUCAGCCACUGCAGUGCCGACAGCUCCAGCGAAGCUAACGGAGAAGAACACACACUGUUCUCACGCGGUCUGAUUGUGGCAGACAAAAAUGGGAGUCAGUGUAGUACAGGGGGACAGUCUGAUCAAGGUUAUGGCUCUAAAGAUGAGCUCCAUCAAGAUGCUAUAGAUGCUCGUAAAGCUACAGCCUUUCCUCUCUCUGACGGUGACCAAGCAAACAAGAGCAUAGCAGUGAAGAGCCAACAAAAUGUUGAGGACAUUGCCGGCUCUGUGGCGGUGUUUGAGCCCCCCAGUCCUGCUGAACCUACACCCCAUUCAGCCAGUAUCGUCAAACCGUGUAGUGGGAGCAUCGACAAAACCAUUGGGAGAAAUGAUUCACGUGGAAAACUCUUCACUGCUCACAGUAAGACUGAAGACAUUAUUCUGCCAGUGGAUGAAGGUACUACAAGCUCUGACUUGCCACAAAGCAGCCAACAGCAGAGGGUGAAAUCUUUCGCAGAGCACAGCUGCAGUUUCAGUGUGGAGAGUCGAGCCGGAAUGUUGCUCAAGAAGAGCAGUCUGGAGUUGAGUGUGGAUCACAUGGGUGCAGAUGCGAAAAUCCUUGCUGCUGCUUUUUCUGGUGGCAAGACUCCCCCUUCUUCUACAGCCUCAGCCUUUGUUUUUAGUGACUUAGGGGUGGCACCUGGUACAAGCUCUGGCAUUGAGAAGGAGGUUAAUGAUCAGAUGGAGUUAAUCAGUUUUGAGGAGUGCAUUGAUAACGACAUGGGCAAACCGAAAAUACCAGCUGAGGAAGUAAUGCUUGAGGGGAGCACCGAAGGCUUGGAAAAAAGUGUGAUCAGCUCCUCGUCUAAGGCAGCGGAGAGAGAGGAUGUAGAAAUAGGGGCAGAUCCUCUUUCCUUGCUGGCCUCAGAAAGCGAAGAAGCAGUGUCCAUUCAGAGCCAAGAAUCUGCACGCCUCGUCACACCAGUGGUUUCACGUAACCUUGCUGAUGAGAUCGAGAUGUACAUGAACUUGAAGAGCCCAUUAGGAGCCAAGGCCUCCAGCAUGGAGCUGCACCAGGAGGCUCAGCAUAAAUGUGAGCCAGUGGACUCUCCUGCCUGCGUGCAGCCUUUGGGACGAAGGUCCAGCCUCCCUGCCGGCCCAGUAAAGACCCCCGAAUUACUGGAAACCCCAAAACGCAGUCCUGCUGUCACACGAUCCAAGACUUUUGCAAUUAAGUCCCUGAAGACCCCUAACAAUGAUGGUCAAAGGUCAUCAUCUCUGACUGCACUAGUGAGGUCUUCGCAGAGCGGAUCAUUGGGCUCAGUUAUCAACUCCAUCUCAGGCAUCAAGAUGGACGCUUUGCUUUCAGGACCUAAAGUGGACAUGCUGAAGUCCGGCAUGAAGCAAGCAGCUAACGUAGCAAGUAAAGUGUGGGGUGCGGUUGCAUCUGCCUACUAUUCAGAUGAUGAGGAGGAGCAGAGCCAGCCUAGAGACAGCUUCCCUGCUCGACUUGAGGAGCAGCUGAUGUGUGGAGAUGCAUCAGACAACGUUAUACCCAGAGGACUGAUGCCCAGUCUGGCCUCCAAUGGCCUCACAUACAGCACCACCAGUCUUGGCAGCAGCAGCGGGAGCAGUGAUACCAGCCGGGCACAGCAUACUGCAUCCAUGACUCCUGGCAGGUCUAUGAAGGGAAUGGACUCUGAGAGAUCUGAGCACAGCUCAUCUCAUCAUGCUAGCAGUUCCAGCAUCUAUCAGAACUAUGCUUUAGAGGUUCUAAUGUCGAGCUGCUCUCAGUGUCUUUCCUGUGAGGUUUUAGUGUAUGAUGAGGAAAUCAUGGCAGGUUGGACAGCAGAAGACUCUAACUUGAACACGAUGUGUCCUUUCUGCCACAAUUUCUUCCUGCCUCUUCUGCAUGUGGAGUUUCAUGACCUGCGUCCUCCGUCUGGGUUCUAUGUGACCAGCACAUCAGGAGACAGUAUCCACAGUGGCAGCACACACCCUACAACUUCCAGCUCGGAGGUAAAGGUGAGCAGCCCCAGUGACCCCACUGACCUCAUUAACUUCUCAAAAUCCCCUGACGCCCAGGAGGAUGGUGAACGGGGGCCGACCUACCAGACCGGCACACAGCAAGCGCUGGUGGCAGAGCCGGAGAUUUCGGAUCCUCUAGGUCUGCUGGAGAGGCAGGCAGAGAAGCGUGGUGCAUCUCUGACUCGCAGUAACAGUGUGGGUGGACCUCUACAGAGCCUGGACUCUAUCCAGCGGCCCAAUCAUGGAGUGUCCACCACCAGCCUGCCCAAUAGCCUGCAGGAAGUUGUGGAUACGUUGGGUCAGAAGCGUCCUAACCCAAAGCCCGUUUCAGUGCCUUACCUUAGCCCUCUGGUGUUAAGGAAAGAGCUGGAGUCCUUACUAGAAAAUGAGGGAGAUCAGGUUAUCUACACGCAGAAGUUUCUCAGUCAGCAUCCAAUCAUUUUCUGGAACCUGGUGUGGUAUUUUCGCCGGCUGGAUCUACCCAGCAUACUGCCUGGACUCAUACUGACCUCCGAGCACUGCAACAAUGGAGUACAGCUGCCCCAAACUACCCUCUCUCAAGACAGCAAGCAAGUGUAUGUGCAGUUACUGUGGGACAAUGUAAACCUUCACCAGGAGCCCACUGAGCCUCUCUACCAGCUCUGGAGAAACUUCUUGAGGAAGAAGGGCUCUUUGGCUCCCACUGACCACCAGGAGAUACGAUCCCUCCUCAACAGCAUUGUCAGGAACAUUCAGACCAAUGAUGUCCUCGCUCCCAUAACCCUGCUCCUUAGGGAGAUCAAACGGCACCCUGAGGUCAAACGGCAAAGGAGUAUAUACAGACAGAUAAUGUUCCUUUCACUUGUGGCCCUCGGAAGGGAGAAUAUUGAUAUUGAGGCUUAUGACCGGGAAUAUCAGCUAGCCUUUGACAAGCUGAGCCCAGAGCAGCUAAAAGUACUUUCUCCUAUGGACAACCCACCCUCCAGCAGCGUGCAGUGGUGCCUCAAGUGCUUUGGAGCUCCAUUCAUCUGACCUGGCUAUAAGGGGAAAUCUCAUUUCCCACAAGGUGUCAAGAGCUCAGACGUUUGGGACCUGUAGAAGUGCACUCAGUCAUCGUAUUGAGGAACAUACUGACUGGCUCUUGCUUGCACCUUUACCAAUACGUGGUACAUUAUCAUCCUCCAGAUCAGCACCAGGAUCAAAGCUCACUUCUUACAGUGUUUGUCAGCACCAGUAUGUUGCAUACGGAUAUUUAUUGGUGUACGUUUUCACCCGUCUUGAUUCUCGCGCCUGUUUAAUUCCCCCGGACCAGUGGGAGUUAAGAGGUUGAAAAAAUGCUGUCCCAAAUAACUGCCUCGCAUCCCAAAAGUGGCCGUCCAAACCUACCUGUGGAAGCAGUCCAGUGGAAGUGAAGAUAUGUUCUCUUGAGACCAAUGGCAGCGGUCUUAGAUAAUGUGCACUUUCAAAUUUUUUUUUUUUUUUUCCUAUUUCCAGAAUUUGUAUAAUGAUUUGUUUUUUUUCUAUGUUGGGAUAUUCAAACUAGACUGCCUUUUACAAAGGGAUCUUUACCUAUUUCUGUAGAGUCUUAAAUGCCAAGCCUAUAUUCUCCAUGUGGGUCUUGAGUGUUACAGUAGAAGGAUUAAAGUGCGUGUAUGUGCAUGUGCCUGCAUAGCUGUGUGCGCAUGCGCAGAUGUAUAAAAUCAGCUCAUCGUUCGUUGCGAUGACUGUGGCAGCAGACAAUCAGAUUUUGUCAUGAACAAGACAAGAGUUAUAAUGAGUUCAGGUUCUGUAAUAGACGGUAAACUACUUUUACUGGAAGUUAGCUUUGAUGCACCUUCGGACCUUUACGUGUAAAUUUAAAGAUACUUGUGUUGGGGAGGAAAAUGUAUAAGUCUUUGGGAGUAGACUACUGAAAAAGAAAGAAUAGUCAUGAUAUUUCGGAGAGAAAAAAAAAAAAUGUAUAAUCCCUUUACAUGUACAUGCGCUUGAACAGUAGAGUUAAACUAUAAUAUGAAUGUACAAUAUCUCUCAAAUAUCAAUAUUUUUAAUUUGUUUUUUUUAAUGGACAUUUUAUGCGAUUGCUCAAUAGAAAAGCAUUUUCCUUUUCAGUAGAGUCUCAAGUCUUAAACUCCACAUUGCUUAUAUAACUGACCUCAGAAGGCAACGAUUAUUAGUUUAUUUAAAAAAAGAAAAAAAUGAAUCAGCAAAUCUCAGUAGUGCCUUUUUAUUUAGGGAAGGUAGGUUUUACUACUAAUGAAUUAACCUAGAGUGCAAUCAGUCUGCCUUAAUUUAUUCAUCCUUGUCUUUUCCUAUCUUAUUAUUGUGUAAUUAUUUGAAAGCUCAUGUAAAAGCAGACAUUGUCCCAUGGUUUCUAUUCUUGUAAUUUAAUCCAGGGUUGGUCGGGGCAAGUUUGAAAACAUGAGAUGGAGCGAUGCAGUGAUAAAUAUGUAUAAAAGAGCAACUGUUAGUAAUCCAAUAACCACUGUUCAUAGUAACACAAAAUUUGAAUAUAACAAAUGUAAAAUGUCCAUUUUUUAUUUUUUUUUUUCCAUGCGAAAUUUCUAUUUUGGUAGUGGGUGGGGGUUUGUAGUAUUCCAAUGAAAGCUUAAGAAACAAUCACGGUAAGGCACACUUGUUGCACGAAUGUAGGAAUGAGAAGGCUGUGUGUGUGUGUGUGUGUGUGUGUGUGUGUGUGUGUGUGUGUGUGUGGUGUGCGUUGAUUGAUUGAUUUAAACGUUUUGAUCGUAUUUUUGAAAACCAGACCGGACGGUAAGGACACGGUUUUUGUUCUAUUGUUUACACUUUGUAAGCAAACCGAUCAUCGAUUUAAUCCCAGUGUUGAUGUGAAAUAUGAAUGUGACACGUUUUCCUCACUGUAGACAGAACUGACCUGAACACUGUAAACCCGAAUAUGGCCAUAUGUGUAGGCGAGACUGAUUCAGGAUCAGUACAUAUCAAACCAACUACAUACCGAUUCAAAUCGGUAACUUGUCAUGUUGUGAUCUUUCCCCUGUCCUCAAUCUACAUUAUAACAUUCCAACAUCACACAUUUUCCUGUCUGGGGGGGUACAGUGUAAUAAAUAUCAGUGCAUACUAUUUGCUAAUGAUAAAAGCAUCAACCUUAUACUUUACAUAGCUGAUAUCGCUUUAUUUUUCUGCAGGUAAUAUUGUAACUCCUAAUAUUGUUCCUACUUGUUCUUCGUUGUCCAGUUAUCUGGUUAUGUACACAAAAUGGAAAAACUGAUACCCUUAAACGUUUCCUGGUGGUGUUGCAUUACAGGAAAAGCAUAAUGAUAAUUUCUGCAUUAAAAUAAGUCUAGUGGGUGAAUGUGACACACAGACUACUGUUUGAUUCUUAACCAAAAAAUAAAAAUAAAAAAGGAAAAAAAAAGGUCGAGGAUCACCUGUAUGAUAUGCAGGUAGUAUGUCUGGUCCCUGUAUGUCUUUUCAGUCCAGAUAUUGAUUGAUCUACCUUCUGGUGUCCUGUGAAAUUUGUAUGAGUUUGUACAGGAUUAUGUUGUUCUUCAAUAAACAUACUUUGUCCUA